AUGAGGUGUCUGAAGGCGAGUGCGAUGCAGCGACACGAGAUCAAAGGCGUAAAUAUAGCAGGCUUCGAUGUCAUUCGCGUUUUGGGCAAAGGCAGCUUCGGAGUGGUUCGCUUGGUGACUGAGCGUCCUGCAAGUGCUGAUGAUGGCAGCUCUCCGGCACGAAAUUUUUCACCCGUGAACGGCACUGCGAAGCGGAACUUGCCCUCGGGAAAGCCGCUGUCAGAUGUCUUUGCCAUGAAGGUGAUUCGCAAGUCCGACAUGCUUCGCGCCGCUCAGGAAGGUCACUUGCGAGCCGAACGUGAUUUCUUGGUGGCCGCGGAGGGCUCGCGCUGGGUUGUGCCUCUCAUCGCAAGCUUUCAAGACAAUACGAACCUGUACCUCGUGAUGGAGUACAUGAUCGGUGGCGACUUCCUCGGUUUGCUCUUGCGUGAAGAUGUACUGGAAGAGUCUCAUGCCAAGUAG